AUGGCAUAUGGUCAACCGUGGGGCGCGUCCGCCUACAUGCCGACGAUGAACACAGGCAUGCCACACCUUCAAGGACCUCCCGUCCAUGCGCAAGCGCAACCGCAACCGCAGCAACAGGCGCAAUCCAGACCGAAUGGCUCUUCUGGACAAAGACCUGGGACCUAUACGCUAUCCAUCAUGCAGCAACCAGAAAGCGCAAAGGCGGCAAAUGGCAAAGACAAAGGCAAGUAUUCGUAUCCUCCCGGCGGCAUUCUGAUCAGAUGGACUAACGCGCAUUUGCGACCAUCAGACCGCAAGCCCGUCGAUCCACCACCGAUCCUGAAACUCGAGGUGCCAGCCAACGAGGACCCCGAUGGAGUGUACCGCCAAAGCCCAUAUCUCAUGGCAGUUGCGUUCCUCGAGUAUGCACCGAGCGCGGACCGUGGUGAUGCGCUGCCAUCAGCUAACAUGAUGUCGGGGCAAAUGGUUUCCUCGCUGCACCGGCUCAAGGAUCCAAGCAACCAGGAAGGAGCAUUUUUCAUCUUUGGGGACCUGACGAUACGAAGCGAGGGACACUAUGUCAUCCGAUUUGAAUUGCUUCAGUUUGAAGUUGGCGGCGACGAGCUUGGCUUCGUGGAUCAUAUCACAUCAAUCACCAGCCGGCCUUUCCAAGUACACGCUGGCAAAGCAUUCCCAGGCAUGCAGGAGUCCACAUUCCUGACGCGGUCUUUCAGCGAUCAGGGGGUCCGACUACGACUACGAAAGGACUCUAGACAGAUCGUCAACCGCAAGCGGAACCAGAACGUGUCCCACCGUCUAAAACUGAAGGGCGAAGAGACGGAGGUGAAGCGGAAGGGAUCGCAAGGCAUGCUACUUGGCCAGCAACUGAGCAACAGGCAAGGCGGAGCGCAGAAUGGCCAAGUGCCACAGAUGACGGACGAGAGCUACGAGAACGAGCAGUACGACGGACCGGCCUACAAGAGAUCACGCACCACAUCCGGAUCAGCAAAUGCUGUGACGCCGACCGUGUCAGAGGGCAGCACGGAAUCACGGCCUUGGGCCCAUUUUCCCUCCUCGGCGGGGCAGCAAUACGGCAGCCAUGGUCCAUUGCUUCCCAUGUCCGGGGGCCCGUCCUCCUCAGCCUCGAUGAGCGCGCCGGUCAUGCCGCCCCCGACGGGCCGACUCGACACCCAGUUCUCCUCGCUUCACCAGGGGCAAGGGGCGUAUCAUUCUCCGGCCGGGGAACGACAGUCGCCUAUGACCCAAUCGCCUAUGCACCAAUCACCCAUGCACCACUCGCCCAUCCAGUUUGGCAACGCCAGCGUACAUUCCACCUCCCCCCAUCCGUACGUAUUUGGGAGCAGCUCGAACAACGCCAAUGCUCAUGCAUUGGGUGCUCCCUCGAUGGGACAACACCAGCACAGCUCGAUGAACGCGGCUACCUUGCACAACGUCUCCCCACGAACCCAUACCCAGAUCAACGGCACCACACCGACAGGCACAGCGUCGCCUGUAGGAACCAACAUGUACACCACAGCACCACCGACAUCGGACACCCCGCAGCCUCGCCAUAACCACCACAACCAGUACUCCCAUGCGGCCGCAUACCAGAAUGUGCAGCAGUCGUAUGACCAGAGCACCCUGCAUGAACAUGGCUUGCAUACACCCUUGACCGCGAGCAUGCCCUCUGACAGCAUGAGUGGACCAUACGACGUCUACGGUGCAAUGGUAUCAAAGUCGGACUAG